UAGAUCGUUAGGUGACAAGACACAAGAAGAUCUGGAAAUCAUCUUUGCACAAUAUGUUCAAACAAUUGAAGCAUUUCAGCCUAUUCGUCUUCGGGACAGCGAUGACGACGAUGAACAAGAUCAAGAGGAUGAUGACGAAGUAUGGUCCGACUGCAUUGAACAUACCGACCAGAGUUCACUGGCCGACUCGUCGUCCUCAUUCUAUUCACAUCCCCACGCAUCCAUAUCGGGCGAAUCGCUCGCUCUGAUUCAAGCUGGCGCCGCGACGCAAAUCAAUCAUCGCACAUCGGCCAUGGCAGCGUUACCAGAUGGGUCACCGUCGGAGGAAGCAUCCAAGCUGGAGCAACGUCGAAAGAGCCGUAGUUUGACAGAGGAAGUUACCAGGUCAACAACCCAGCAAUCGCACCGUCGGAAAAGCGUCACCAUGACCGGCUCAGGAGGAGACGAGGUCGUGAGUCGACGUCGAAGUAGUUUGAUUGAAGAUAUUGGGUUGCCUCAGGGACGUAGAAAGAGUCUAGCGCAACGUAAUCGGUUGAGCUGGACCAGUGACACGGGUGUUACUUCCAGUGCGGUCGCUGAGCAUCUUGCCAGUGAAAUGAUGAGUUUGUUCGAUAUGGAGUUUUCAAUUGAUAUUCAGUUGAGCACGGCUCCCAAAUUACCAGAAUUGACCUUCUCCAAACGCCGAUCCCAGCGUGUGUCGGUCGAUUCGUUGGCGGCGCUGAUCCCUCGAUUCGAAAAUUACGACAUGUCGGGCGACGCAUUUGAGAGUAUCGUACAGAAUCCCAAAGCAAGGCCCCGAAAGAUGACGUUUCCUCCUCCGCCAGCGGCACCUCCACCUAAUCCCGUGAAUCGUAGCCGUUCAGUGAGUGUCCCUGGCGAUCCAGACCACAUCGUUUCACCUCCCACGCGAUCUUCUUCGCUUAAGCAGCGUCGAAAAUUCGAUCCAGCUGCUAAAUAUACCGACAGGAAUGAAUCAUGCCCUCCUCCUCUUCCAAAAGACAAGCACAUCAACGACAAUGUACCAGCCUUGAAGAAAAAGACGUCUUUACGUCGAUUGGCUUCAUUUGUGAGCAACGCUUCUCGAAAAGCCAUGUCACGACCGGCCGUUCCUCCUAUCAACCUGCAAGAUAAACCAUUACCUGAAUAUCCACCCAAACUUGAUCUACAGACACUUUCGCCGGAUGCUGCGGCGAAUCCAUCCUUUGAACCGCCCAAGCCGCAAAGGUCAUUGGAAGAGCUGAUGACCAAAGCCCCAUCUCGACAAUCGCUUACUUCCAGUGUGUCUUCAGCGUGGUCUUCAGUUUCGGAAUUCAAAGUAGCAACAAAGGCCACCAAUCCAUACGAGCAACAGCCACUCGUAGUGCUCGAUAUACCCCCAAUGGUAUCCAAUGUUUCCAUUGGUGCUUCUGAAAACCCGAAACGGCGCAGCUACAUGUUAAUCCGGCCUACCGUCAUUGAUGCACAAGAUCUGCGUCGUUCGCGAUCUACCGGUCAUCGUCCUUCACGUCGCAAGCGCCGAUCGCUCAUGGAAACCACUCAAUCACGCCGCAAGAGCCGUCAACGGAAAAGUAUGCAGGAACAUCUUCAACAGCUCGAACUCGCCACCGCGCCACCGACCAUUGAACCGCCACGACGAAAAGAUUCACUGAGGCGACAUGCAGUUCAGGCACAAGCUCAAAACGGCGAUACGACUACUUCCACACCAUCGCAGCCUUCAUCGGCGGCGUUGUCAAGAUCCAAGUCGGCUUUUAUUCGCAUCGGCAGCUUGCGGUCGAAACAUCGCAAAAAGAAGACGGAGGAACCGGAUUUGCGUCGAGCGGUCACUCUCAGCAAAUCUGAAACCAAUGUUCAGAAGGGUAAUGUGAAUUACGCAGUGCACCACUCGGGCUACUCUGAGAGUUCCUUGAGUUCAUCCGACAGCAACCAUACCCACGAGCGAUUCCACAGCUCUCAAAGUAACUUUGUCAGAAGGCUAACGACCUUUGGACGGCGUAAGAAACACGAUCCAGCAUCUCCUCAUCCAAUGUAAUCUACACUUUUUUCUUGUUCGUAUUCUUUUUAUACGUAAUAUGUUGUUGGUGACA